UGUUGCGAAAUGACACCGGAGUACCCCGUCCCUUAUGUACGGUGAGCUCAUGUGCAGAAUGGCGGGGUACAUUUUCAUAACAUUCAUGCUUGCCGCGGUGCAUACAGCUCAUAUAAACCAUGUGUUUUCACCAGAAGAUGAGCUCCACUUUAAAACAUGGAUGAGUGAGAAUGAAAAGACUUAUACAGAGCCACCUGAAUACUAUCACAGGUUACAGGUCUUCACACAGAACAGGAGACGGAUCUUGCAGCACAAUGCAGGCAGACAUUCAUUCACAAUGGGACUCAAUCAGUUCUCAGAUAUGACCUUUGCUGAGUUCCAAAAGGCCUUUCUCCUUCGUGAGCCGCAGAACUGUUCUGCCACUGCAGGAACCUUCUCUGGCCAAGCAGGGCCCUAUCCAGACUCUGUGGACUGGAGGACCCGGGGGAACUAUGUGACUCCGGUCAAAACACAGGGUCACUGUGGAAGCUGUUGGACCUUCUCCACUACUGGUUGCCUGGAGUCAGUCACAGCCAUCUCUACAGGGAAACUCCUGGACCUGUCAGAGCAGCAACUGAUAGACUGUGCCCAGGACUUCAACAAUCAUGGUUGCUUUGGAGGGCUACCCAGCCAGGCAUUUGAAUACAUCAAAUACAGGGGUGGUCUCAUGACAGAAGAUGAUUAUCCCUAUAAGGCACAUCAAAGAUUCUGUAAGGUCAAGCCAGAACUCGCAGCAGCAUUUGUGAAAGAUGUUGUCAACAUAACCAGGUAUGAUGAAAUGGGUAUGGUGGACGCCGUGGCCAGGCUGAACCCAGUCAGCUUUGCCUACGAGGUGACGGCUGACUUUGUGCACUACAAAGACGGCGUAUACAGCAGCACAAAGUGUAAGAACACCACGGAGACGGUAAAUCACGCAGUCCUGGCUGUGGGCUACGGGGAGCAGAAUGGGACACUCUACUGGAUCGUCAAAAACUCCUGGGGCACGGCAUGGGGCAAGGACGGCUACUUCCUCAUUGAACGUGGGAAGAACAUGUGUGGGCUUGCAGCUUGUUCCUCGUACCCACUGCCAUUAGUAUUGUGAUGACCUUCUCCCCAUUAUGGAGGGGACAUUUAGUGUACACCACAAUAAGGGAAUACCUAACAGCAAAGAAACCUCUUGAAAUAAGCACUUUAAAGUAGGUGUUUGCUGUGGAUGGUGUUAAUGUGACACAUGAUUGUACUGUACAUGUUCAUACCCGGUGAGAGGUUUCCUCAACAGCAACUGACACAGCAACCAUUUUGAGGCCACAAAUGUCAAAUGAGCCUCUUGAUAAUCAAUACAAACAUGGAUGACAACCAGAUGACGUAGAUGACUCUCAGAGAGGUAACACCCAUGCCGUUUACACCAAGAAUAUACAUAGGUCCACACCUCUCAGUGCCCUAUAGUAUGUUCUAAUGAUGUGAAUUUGUAACAUUGUAAAUUAUUUCUCAGUGUGUGUGUGUGUGUUUUAUUUUAUUUUAUUUUGUUUUAUUUUAUUUUAUUUUACAAAAUAGUAAUUGGCAAACCAUGUACCACUAAUCCUAAAUUCAUUUGUGGGGUUAAAUUGUAUGGGACAAAACUUCAAUAAAACUUGAUCAAUUGUG